AUGAGACUGCUGCUCCUGGACUCGCGAAGACAAGCGACGUCCGGUCUCUUGCGAGUGCCUGCGCGACGAUGGAUCGGUGACAAGCCCUACGUCGCCGACGACAUUGUUUUACUUCGACAAAAACUCGAUCGCUGGGCUCCGCCCAUUCUUACGCGUCCGCUGAAGCCAGGACGCAGGAUCGAAGGCCACAGAGGGGUCAUCCAACAUGACGAUAUCAUCGGGAAAAGCGUGCGCGAUGUUGUCGAAGCUCGGACCGUGAAGAGCAACAAAGCACCGACCGAGUACAGGAUUCAUAAUGUCACGUUGGAAGACUAUGUUCUGUUAAGCCGACGAUUGGUCACGCCAAUCUACCCACCGGAUGCCAAUCUCAUUGUGAACAUACUCGAUUUGCAUCCAGAGGCUUCGAUUGAGAGCUUAGAGAAGCCCAAACUCGAGAUCCUCGAAGCUGGCACAGGGCAUGGUGCGUUGACUCUUCACUUGAGCAGAGCUAUACACGCCGCCAACUCCGGCAGUCGGACCCAGAACGAUGAAAGCGAGGAGGAUGCCAAGAAUAGACGCCGUGCCAUCAUUCACAGCAUUGAUGUAUCGUCCAAGUUCUCUGAUUAUGCACAGACAGUGGUGGCAGGCUUCAGGCGAGGCAUGUACUCACGGAAUGUGGACUUCCAUGUCGGCGGUGUGAGCGACUGGGUCAAGACAGCGCAGGAGGCUCGAGGCGUCAAGACAUUUCUAUCGCAUGCGUUUCUGGACUUGCCCUCAGCAGAUGCUCAUCUGGAGACUGUCUCGGAAGCUCUAGAUACCGAUGGAACCUUGAUCGCUUUCAAUCCUUCAAUUACGCAGAUCAUCGAAUGCGCGACGAAAGUCAAGAAUCAAGGGAUUCCCCUGGAUCUUGAUAGAGUUGUCGAGCUGGGAGUCAACGGUGGGACUGGAGGGCGCGAAUGGGACAUCAGGUUCGUGCGACCUCGCGCGAUGCUCAAACUCGAGGCAGAACGUGCUCUUGCGGAGAAAGAGAACAAAGACGUCGGCGGCAACGACGCGGGAGUCGAGAUCGAGGCCUCUGAGAGUGGUGCUGUGGGCUCCGAUAGACCAUAUCACAUGGUCUGCCGACCCAAAGUGGGCGACUCGAUCUCCGGGGGCGGCUUCCUGGGCAUCUGGAAGAAACGCCGUGACAUGCGUAGGCGGAAGGAGGCCGAGUAA